ACGAUUAGUUUAUUCCGCAUCUCGUACGUUUGUCGCAGUUGUUCGCUGUCGUGUCCCAUGCUCGAACAAUAAUAAGCCUAGCAUUGCCCAUGGCAUACUUACAGCAGCAGCUGGCAAAGUAUACAUAAAGUAUAGCGAAACAGACAACAUGAGCAACAGGUAAAAGUAGCUAAAUCCAACGCUGCGUUCGCUACUCAGUGUCAUCGUCGUAUAAUGAGUGUUAACACCACUGUAGAAUGUGUUGUUAUAGCACAAGCAACAUGUCACUUGCGUGUACGGCGUCACAUAGUGCGUUCUAAGGGACGCCAAGGGGAGGCCUACCAGGCUUGAGUGAAAAUUUUUGCCAUCACGUCUCACUCAGCUGCUGCUGCUGCUGACACCGCCGCUGGCAAUGUUCUCUAUUGUGACGUGUACCAUCUUCUAGGUCGAUGAAAACGAAAUUCAAAGAGAACACUGCCUUAUACCAUACAACAGGGCUGAAGAAGUGAAAGCAAAUAGGUAGUUACGAUAGGAUCUCGGCAGGCAUCGAGAAGACGGCGAGCCUGGGACAAGUUUAAUACGAUGAAUUCGCAGUCACUCGUCGCAGCCAUGGCAGGCCGAUAUAUCCGUGUACUGAACUCCAAUUUACUACAUAUGAAGCUGCUAUUCAUCCUGUUACCUCUCACCUCUAUACCGAUCGUAGCCAAUGAUCGAUGUCCAGGUGUGGCCAAAUCGGAUUUUGUCAUCGCAUUCAGAAAUUACUUCACGAGAUCAGGCCUUCGCGUCAGCGUCGUUCAUCUGGCGCGAAGUAAUGCGGGCGUUGAUGAGGAACUAUACGAUCACGUUUGUCUGGAAACGACAGCUCAAAAGGUUGCAGACAAUCAGUAUCGACUAUCCUACGUCUACAAAAGCAUCUCGGGGUUUAUCAAUGUGACGCUGUAUCCUGAGAAUCGGCCGGUGCCUGGAGAUGAACCUCGAUUUGUGCGCGUUGUUCCUGACGGGAACCUCCUCGCGGCCAUCCACUGCAAUCCUCUCGAACAAAUUCACGUUUUUCUCGGUAUGAUAAAAAACUCAGUGGGACGGUCUUGUGCAACCCAGCUUCGAUUACUCCUUAAUAGGGCACAUGUGGCAGCAGGUUUUGCUCCUAUAAAAGAGUCAGAAACAGACCUCGACCAAACCUUGGCUCAAUGUUGUGCCACCCGGAGGUGAAGCCCUCUUCAUAUGACGACUCCUCCAUAGAGUUUUUGCCUCCCCCUUAACAAAACCUAUCACCUCCAUUUGAUUGCCGUUUUAUCGUUUUGGAACAAAAGCUAUUCCGCUAAAAUGCAUCUUCUCCAUCCGAGACGUCGAUAAACAUAGAUAGAUAUGUUUCAAACUUCGAAUCGACUUCGGAAACACGGAACGAUAAUGCCAGAUCUAAUGAACCAUUUCAGGACAUUCAUGUUCACCCUAACUGGAUCCGAUUUAGCGUUCACUACCAAAUGAACGUAUCUGUCGUGCGAUAAAUAUUUACGUUUGUUUACUAAGAAUCAAUUGUGCUGGAUCCGCGUCACAAUCCUACGUGCUAAUUUCACUAGUCAAUUGAACCUUGAGUUUUCUACCUUUCCUGUAAAUGAUCACAUCUACCUAAAGGGAGAUCUAAAAAACAAGAUCAAAGUAUAGCUAGUACACUAGCUUUAGACGUAACAAGACCUUAGAUGCAGUUUAUAUACAGGCAGCUGUAGCUUUUUCAUUUGUAGAGUGAAAAUAGGGUAAUAUUUUUAUUUCAUAGUGGAGUGUCACAUGCGUUUUAAGCAAUAAAAAAAUAAUAACCCUAAUCAAUGUGUAGAUUUUUGUUGGGGAUACAUAAUUUUCCCCAGCUAGUAUAAGAAAAAAAUUGGAAAAUCCUCCAAGUAUGAGGAAUGCCGCGAGCAGAUCUAGCAGUGCUACAAUCAGUUAAUGU